AUGUCUGCGGAGGUGGAGUCUGUACCUCACAACGGGAGUUUGGAAGGCGAAGACUCACCUCAUGCCCUGAACGGUGAUGACGCGUCAGAGGACGAUGGAGAUCUCUUCGGCGAUGAUGAUGAAGAGCUGGACCAAGUACAAAAUGACCCGCACCGAAAGCUCGACGAUUCCGAACUUGACUCUGGCGAUGACGAAGGCCGAGCAGAUCGGCUUGCAGCAACCGUGGAGGAUCAUGAGGCAAUGUACGAAGAGCAGAAACAGUUGAAGCUCCUAGACGUGGACAUGGCCAGAAUCAAACCACCGGAGGGACAAGAGCUCUACUUGCUCAACAUGCCACCCUUUCUCGGCAUCAAGCAUCGCAACUUCGUCCCUGCCACCUAUGAACCUCCCAAACAACCCCACGAUGGGCGCGAUCCAGAAGUCGACCCAACGGCCAAAUUUUCCCCCUUCUCCACCGCAGCAAGCACCAUAUUCUGGCGUCGCGACCCCAAGGAUCAAGAGUCCUUACAAUCAAACACUCGCAUCAUUCGCUGGUCGGACGGGAGCUUGACGCUCCAGAUUGCUUCAUCGCCCAAGGAUCAUUACCGAAUAUCCACCACAGCUCUUAGACAGGAGUGGCCCAGGACAUCGGGAUCAUCUCAGGCAGCCUAUGAUGCGAACAAAGACUCACAUAACUACCUGGCAGCACCGCAUGCGACAGCUGGAGUUGACCUGCAGAUAAUAGCACCGUUCGACGCGUCGAUGAAGAUUCAACCAACAGGAGACCUGGCAGACGAAUCUGUUCUGAAGCUUCAACAAUCGCUUGCCGCGGCCACACAAAUGCACGACCCAUUGGCCAGCCUGAAACAAGUCAAAGAAGACCCGGAGCUUGCUAAGAAAGCGGCGGAGAUGUUCGAGAAGGAGCGGUCACGGGCCAGUCGCAAACGCGAGGCCGCCGAGGAUCGUUUGCUGAUGCGCAGAGAUCGUGUGCUCGGCCGUGCAGGAAUCGGACGUCUUGGUGGGGCAGGCCUCAGCGUGGCAGGGCUCGAAGACGAUGACGGCAUGCCCCUGGCUCGUGGCAAGAAGAGCACCAACGCCCGACGCCGCAGAGCUAACCGCCGCGGUGACAUUUAUUCGGACGACGAGGACGAGAACAUGCCGCGCAGCCGGGGCCGUGAGGAUGAGUACGAUCGCGAAGACGACUUCUUGGCUGCCAGUGACGAAGAGCCCGAAAUCUACGAAGAUGGCGAUGCGGAGGAGGUUGAGGCCGAGGAAGACGAUGAUCCAGAUGUGGAUGACCUGGAGAUCGAAGGGCGCGAGACAGUCAUUGAGAACCGUACCCGCGGCGGAAACGAGCGUGACAGACGGGAAAGGGAUCGUGACAGGGCCAGAGACCGAGAAUCCACGCCGAAGCGUGCCGCCAGCGACGACGAAGGUGGAGCCGACCCUGCUCCAGCGGGCACGCCGCAAGCCCGGAAGAAGAGACGUGUUAUUGACGAUGACGAGGAUGAGGAGUGA